AUGGCAAGGCUACAAUGCCCUCACAACGACGCACUAGUGGUCACUUUGUGCGUCAAGAACUUCGACAUCAAGCGAAUCCUAAUUGACCAAGGGAGCUCCUAUGAGAUCAUGUACUACGAGACUUUCAAGCAACUAAAAUUGGAGGACAGAGACUUGGCACCCAUAACAUCUACCUUAGUCAACUUCAAUUUAAUGCCUGAAUGGCCGGUGGGCAAGAUAAUUCUGCCGGUCAAGGCAGGAACGAUGAUGAAAUAUGUGGAAUUUUUGGUAUUGAAAGUCCCUUCCACUUACAACAUAAUCUUGGGAAGAGUAUGGUUACACGCCAUGAGAUCAGUUGCAUCAACCUACCAUCAGAUGCUACGGUUCUCCAAUGAAACCAGAGUGAUUGAAGAAGUCUUAGGGGACCAAUCAUGUCAAAACAGUUCUUUGUCAUAG